GGUUUCAUUACGACACUGAAUAGCCAAGAUGACCAGUCUCACUGAAAAGGACAAGGCCAGAAUCCGUGCCUUCUGGGAUAAAAUAUCUCCGAGGGCUGAGGAUAUCGGCACUGAUGCUCUGGCUAGGUAAAUAUCUUCUGAAGUCUCUCUAACUUUGAUUCAUGUUCAUGACUGAUCUAUCUGUUUGAUUUUCUACAGGAUGCUGAUAGUGUACCCCCAGACCAAGACUUACUUUGCCCACUGGAAAGACCAGAGCCCUACCUCUGACUCUGCUAAAAAGCACGGGAUAACUGUGAUGGGUGGAGUUGGCUUUGCUGUGUCCAAACUGGACAACAUAAAGGAGGGUCUGCUGAACCUGAGCGAGCUGCACGCCUUCACCCUGCGUGUGGACCCCGCCAACUUCAAGGUGCAGAGUCACAAAGAUUACACAUGACGGGCUGGGAUUCAUACAAAGUUUUCCUCAAAUUCAGCUUUUGGAGUUUUCAGACUGUUUUAUGAUUACCCUCUUUUACAGAUCAUCUCCCACUGCAUCAUGGUGGUUAUGGCCAUCAUGUUCCCUCAGGACUUCACCCCUCAGGUCCAUGUGUCCAUGGAUAAGUUCCUGGCCUGUCUGGCUCUGGCCCUGGCUGAGAAGUACAGAUAAACAGCAGGAGAAACAGUCAGACUGCAGCAUGAGUUCACAGUGCAAAAUGUUGAAUAAAUGCGUGAAAAAAAGCA